AUGGCCGUGCAGCCGCAGGCCAACCCCCGAGGCUGGCAGGCAGCGCGGCGGGCGGAGCAGCAGGCUGCUGCUGCUGCUGCCGCCGCCGCCAGCCAGGCGGCGGCCUGGGCACGGCUGGCAGCAUGCACAGCCGUUGCUUUCCUGGCCGGUGUGGCGGCAGGCAUGCUGCUACUGCACGUGUGGCUGCGUCGGCAGCGGCAGCAGCACAGAUGUGGCCAGGUGGCAGGUGACAGCCAGACCGGCUUACUCAGCGAGGCCGCCUCAUGCGCAGCGGUGGGUGGCGGCGGGCAGAAGCAGCAAGAGCAGCGCACCGUGACCACAGAGCGCCUGGAACCGGCAGGCUCGGAGCAGGCAGGAGAUGUAGCACUGGUGGCUGCUGCUGCCGCGGCCGCCGCAGCAGAUGCCGCAGCAGCAGCGGCAUCGGCGGCGGAUAAGCAGGGUGGCGAGCCGGCGGCGGCGGCAGGCGCAGCCCGCGAGGCGGGCAGCUGCCAGGCGGCGGAGAGCAGCGGCGAGUCCCCCGGUGCGGCGCCCGAGGAGGCCGCGGUGGCUGCCGCCGUGCAGGAGAUUGUGCUGCAGCAGAGCUCGGGCAGCGGCGCCGGCAGCGCCCCCGCCGCAGCUGCAGGCAUCCCUUCCGCGAGUGCCGGCGCUUCCGAGCUGCAGGAGCAGCGCUUGCCGCAGCAGGAGGCGCCACCCCCGCACAGCCAGCAGGCGCAGGAGGCGCGGCAGCUGCCGCUGGCGGCCAUGGUCGGGCACGGGGCCGUCGGCGGCGGCGGCGCAGGCGGCGGCGACGGCGGCGCGCUGGGCACGCUGCGUGCCGACGACCAAGCCGACAUCCAGGCUGCGGCGCAGCUGGUCCUCACCAUGUGUCGCUCCAUGCACGUCGACCCAGCCCAGCUGGACCGCGGCGAGCGGCUGCAGCUGAUCUACACCAUGCUGCACGCCUGGCAGGCGCAGCAGGCGCGGCGCCACACCCACGAAGUGCUGGGCUCAGAGGCGAAUGUGCUUCGUGGGGAGCAGCGCGACAUCGCGGCUCAGUCGGCGGCGCGGCAGGCGGCCAGGGACGCUUACCGUCUGUCGCUUGAGCGCACGGCAGCCUUCCGCAGCAUGUGCUCAGACACGCUCACGUUUGGGCUGGUCGUCAUGGUGGCUGCUGGCACCUACCAGCUGCUCAGCCGCGGGCUGCUGCUCAGCAUCACAUCCCACUGCGGCUCCGUGGCGGCGGCACUGGGAGGGCGGCGCUGGGGCCUGUGGGCCACCUGGCGGGCAGGGGAGGCGCUGGCCUGCCACGUGCUAAGCGCGGGCGACGCGCUGCUGGGGCUGGCGGUGCUGCUGGCCGCGCCCUGGCUGGUCUACCGCAGCGGGCUGCUCAGCGACUAUCACACCAUGCCCGUCACCAAGCUGUUUGUCGGGCUGGGCCUGAUUUGCGGCCUGGCCGGCUACCUUGCGGUGGGCAAGCUGGGGGGCAGCCGCGGCGCCUGGCUGGCGGCCUGGGAGGCCUGGGUGGCGCUGCACAUCGCCUUUUCGGCCGCGGCGCAUCGCAUGCAGCGCAUCAGGCUGCGGGUGGAGCAAGGCGGCGGCGGCGGCGGCGGCGGCGGCGGCGGCGGCGGCGGCGUGGAGGCCGCGGCCAUGUACGAGCAGGGCGGCGGCUGGCUGCCGGGCGUGAUGUGGGUGGCGCUGGGCCUGGUGCUGCCGGUGCUGGCGGGCACGCUGCCCUUCCGCGCGUGA